UACUUUAAUCGCAAAAUUCGCAACACUGACACUUGACGAUUCUUGGAGAUCAGAAACACGUUUAAAAAUUCUAAGGUUAUGGAAGGUUCCGGUUGGUGAUGAGAGGGGCUGACCGCAUUGUAAAUGGAUUGUACAAUUAGGCUUGUUUGCGCGUUGUUCGCCGUUACCUUGGUUCACUCCAGAAGUACACGCCGAAGACCGGUGCCGGUACCAGAAGGCUGGAGAGAUCAGCUCCACGAAUCGGUCUUGACACUUCCAUCCUUCAUCGAGUCGCUAAAUGGCGACACCGGUAGUACGAGUAGUGAAUCAACGGAAGCACGAAACCCACUGUCAGCCGCUGACGCGCCGCGUCCCGACUUCACUGAAGACUUAAAGGAUCCACAGGUCACGGGAAUUCUACCACCAUCAUAUUUGUGGCCGAAGUCAGGAAGGGAAACCAUUAUUCAUUAUACAGUACCCCAAAGAAUUGAGAGGUCUCAAGUGGCCAAUAUUACGGCAGCACUGGAAACAAUCCAGGAACAGACUGGUUCUUGCGUUCAGUUUCAGCAAGUGGACGAAAUCGGCACUAAACGAAAUGCGCUUCGAGAGUACAUUGUCUUCAAGCUCGCAAAUGACAAAAAUUGUUACACCCAUAUCGGCCGACGAAAUGGCGCUAAUCCUAUAUGGCUAAGCCGCAGCUGUCUUUCUGAGAUUGGAAUUAUCAUGCACGAAGUGCUGCACAAGUUGGGUUUGUUCCACGAACACAGCCGACCUGAUCGCAGUGAUUUUGUAAGUGUUCACUAUCAGAACAUUUUUCCUAAUGUGAGCAAUCAGUUCGAAGAGUACCACAAUAUGGAUACCCACAAUUUGCCUUACGAUGUCGAAUCCAUUAUGCAUUAUGGACCGCUCAACGGCGCAAAAAACUCAAUGAAUCCAAGCUUGACACUUCGAUCUUAUUUCGACGGAGACAAAAUUAAAAUGGGUCAAAGAGAAGAAUUAAGCGAAACAGACGUUAAAAGGGUGUUGCUAAUGUAUAACUGCAGCACCUUGGAUCAUCUUGAAGAAGCCUGGAUGCUAUAGCUAUUAAACGCUCGUCAGCGCAUUACACUUCUGAACCAGACCCAUUUUCGGUGGAGGAAAUGAGCGAAGCGCAAUGGAACCUGCAUAAUGCGAGCAAGUACUGCCAGUUUCCGGUGCUUGCCAGUGAUGCUUAUGCUGCGUCGAAAGCACGAGCGCUGGCUAUUAGCUGCGAUGCUAAUGUAACAAAAAGUCAGUUAACGAAGUUGGUAUCACUGUUUCACAAGCGACCGAUCAGGCCGAUUGGCAUCUUUCUGCACGAUGACCUAGUUAACAUUAAAUUCAAGGUCUUCCAGAAAAUCUCCGCCCAUGUUGUUAUUUUUCUUUUGCGGUACUGCAUAGCUCGCGAUAGAACAAAGGUCCUGCGUGACCUGCAGUUUCAAAGGCUUGUGAGAUUUCACUUGGCAAACUGCCACAAUAUUAUCAUCAUGCGACAAGAUUUCUCAGGCAGGAAUUUUAAUAAUUUGAGAAUGGUGACCUUUUCCAACACCACCAUAGGACAAAUGGAACCUUACACGUUUACCGAUUUACCCGCGCUGCUAACCAUAUCACUGGCGUAUGCCGCGAAUUGGUCGCUAGCGGUCGAUGGCUAUCAGCAUUAUCUGGAACGACUGCACUGCACACAGGACUUUUGCUGGUUUCGGAAAUGGAUGAACAGGAACACCACUUUGUUCCAUUCACGACCUCGGCUGGGCGAGAUUUACAAUUUGAGAAAUUCUUGGAUCAGUAAACCUGUUUCGAGCCGACUGCUCCAUCUACAGUACGACUGCCGCCCUAGCCGGUACAGGGCAAUUAUCCCAUCGCGAAAUGACGAAGAUCAUCCCCUUUUCUCCCUGAACGAUCAACUUUCCUGUUAAACAUUUAAUAUUUCAUAUCCUAACCAAGUGAAUGAAAUCGUACCUGUAAUACGGUGGAGCAUCGUUUUCUGUGACCAUGAACCGAAGUUUAUCGAACGCCGCUGUUGUUGUACAAGUACUUACGUCAACUAACCGUAAAGCCUGACAGAAGUAUUCUUUCUCUUUGGCAUGCACGCUGAGUCGCUUUUUAGAACAGUUAGACCGCAUAUAUGUACGUACCGCUUAAUUUUUUUGUUUUCAAAAAUAAGUGUAGUAAAAUCAUGUACCCAACGAGUCGUAUACGGCAAUAUUGCUGAUAAAAUGAUCGGUGUU